AUGAAAGGACAAGAUCCUCUGCAUUUUGUGGCUCCUAGUUCCUGUUCCUGGUCUCUUAAGAAGAUUCUUAAUAGUCAGAUUUUCAUCUCUCAGAUUGGUGGUUGGACUAAGACUGUUGUGAAAGGGAAAUACUCUAUUAGUACAGUCUAUAGAAAUCUGCAAGGAACUUCCCAAAAGGUUCCUUGGUGGAGGGUGUUGUGUUAUAAUAGAGCUACUCCUAGAAGCAUCUUUAUUACUUGGUUGGCAGUUCUGAAUAGGCUAUAUACCACUGAUAGAAUGCAAAACUGGGGUCUGAACUGUUCUGAUGAUUGUGUGUUAUGUUCUGGUGGAAAGGAGUCAGCAGAACAUCUGUUUUUUGCUUGUUCUUUUUCUGCUACAAUUUGGCAAACUGUGCUGAAGAAACUGGGAAUUCAUAGGAGGAGUGCAGGUCUUGCUUAUGAGCUUGGAGAGGCAGCUAAAGCUAGCAAAAAAACUGGUUGCAUUGCUAAGCUUUAUGUUAUGUGUUUCACAGAAGCAAUCUACAGCAUUUGGCUUAUGAGGAAUUCUGUUGUUUUCAAGAAUCAUGUGAAAUCGUCUGAGUACCUUGUUAAAGAAAUUUUGUUUAGAGUGGCUUGUAGAAGUUCUGAUGAACUAAGAAGUAGAUUGCUGCAAGAUUAA